GCGCUGGAGAUGGCGGAGGUGCGCUUCUUCUUCGGGGUCGACGAGCUAAGUGCUUCCAACGAGCUCGAAUCGGGCCCAGCCAGCGAGUCCUCGACGGCUGACUCUCAGAAAAGCAAGUCCACGUGUGACGACCCGCGGGCGAGCCUUGAUUCUUCGGAGAAGCUCCGGCGUCGAAUCACGAUUCCGGUCGUGGACCAUGUGGAUGAGAAGGUGCUGGAUGUCCAGACGCAGGAGUACUACCGCUUCGGGGAGUCCACGUGGGACCUUUUCCUCUUCAUCGGAACCGGUGCCCUGGGUCCACUGGGCUCCCUCCAGACCUUCCUGCUCGCCGUGGUCAGCAUGUCCAUGCAGAUUGUCUUUACCGGCAUCGCUUGGUACAACUUCCUGACGCCUGAAGUGGACGAAGACACGGUCCGGGACGCGUUCCGCUGGCGCCGCUCCGCCGGCCACGCGCUGACCCAGUAUGAUCCGCUUUCGAAGUCCUCGCUCGCCGAGAGGGUCUGCGCGCUGGACAAGUCCCUGCCGGUAUCCGGCAUCCAG